ACAAUCCAUCGGAGAGACGUGUUGUUGUCGGAGCCGGAAAGUGUAAAAUAUCUGCUCUUCGGUAAACCGGGGGAAGGACGGACACACGCCAAUAAACCACGGAGGAGGAGGCUUAGGCACGCGUGCGCGCUUAGAAGUUAUUUUGGGAAGUUUCUCACACAAGGGAAACACCGUGAGGAAAUAGCCGGCUUCCUCGUUCGCAGUUUCGGACACACCUGCUGAAAAACCAAGGAAUGACUUGGCUACAGCUAUCCUUGCCAAUUGGACCCAAGACUGCUGGGGCUAGAUCUUUGCUUUUUAACUCUGCAUGUGUUUAUAGAUGGAAAAGAUGGAAGGGUCUUCUGUGGAGGAGGAGGAAGAUUGCCCUGAGUUGAUUCCAAUAAGGGGAUCAGAAAUGCAUGACCGUGAAGGAGGCCACAUUCCAUCUAGCAAGACUUCUAAGAUUCCUGUUACUAUUAUCACAGGAUAUUUAGGUGCUGGGAAAACUACUCUCCUUAAUUAUAUUUUGUCAGAACAGCAUAACAAGAGGAUAGCGGUUAUUCUAAAUGAAUUUGGGGAAGGAAGUGCCUUGGAAAAAUCCUUAGCUGUAAGUCAAGGUGGAGAACUCUAUGAAGAAUGGUUGGAGCUCAGAAAUGGUUGCCUAUGUUGUUCUGUAAAGGACAAUGGCUUGAAGGCUAUUGAGAACCUCAUGCAGAAGAAAGGCAAAUUUGACUACAUUUUGUUAGAGACAACAGGAUUGGCAGACCCAGGUGCAGUUGCCUCCAUGUUUUGGGUUGAUGCUGAAUUAGGAAGUGACAUUUAUCUUGAUGGUAUUGUAUCUGUUAUUGAUGCAAAGUAUGGACUCCAGCACCUGAGAGAAGAAAAACCCAGUGGCCUCAUCAAUGAAGCAGCGAGACAGAUUGCACUAGCUGAUCUUAUAAUCAUCAAUAAGACUGAUUUGGUUUCUCAGGAAGCACUGAUGAAACUGAGAACAGCUGUCAGGUCAAUAAAUGGACUUGUUAAAAUUUUAGAAACUCACCGAUCAAGAGUUGAUGUCUCUGAUGUCUUAAAUCUGCAUGCUUUUGAUAGCGUGUCAGGAAAAAGUUUACAACAGAAACUGCAGCUUGAAGAAGUACCACAGCCACACCUAGAUAAGAGUAUUGUUACAGCCACCUUUGAAGUACAAGGAAGUGCAACUGAAGAAAACCUAAAUGAGUUUGUUCAGAAUUUGUUGUGGGAGAAGAAUGUGAAAAACAAACAUGGCAACCCCAUGGAAGUCAUAAGACUCAAGGGACUUGUGUCAAUUAAAGAUAAACCUUACCAGGUGAUAGUUCAAGGUGUUCAUGAGCUGUAUGAUCUAGAGGAAACCACUGUCAGAUGGAAAGAAGAUGAACAAACGAACAGAUUGGUUUUAAUAGGUAGGAACUUGGAUAAAGAGAUCCUUAAAGAUGUGUUUAUAGCAACUGUGACAAAGAAAGAGGAAAAUGGUUGAUGCCACCUGCUGAAGACAAUCUCUUUCAACACUGUAAUUUUUAAACAAACUAUUUUUAUUUUUAAAACCUGGACCUGUUUUCUGCCUUUACAAAACUGUCACAUUUGGAUUCUUCUGCAGUCAACAAACUUUAUCUAAUUCCAUUAAAUGUAAUUAAUAAAAUGGUUCUUUAGGCA